ACGUAAUCGAUAGACUUAUCGGUGUGGGGCAAAACCAAAACAACGUGCUGCACAGCAAAACAUUUAUAUUUCGUUUUCUUGAUAAAAAUUUGUCAUUUGUAAAGAUGCCACAGGGAAAAUUCAAGAAGGCCAAGCUACCAGCAGCGAUACAGAAAAAGAAGAACCAAAAGCAAGCUGCUUUCACCCGUCGAUCAAAUGCGCCAAUUCAGGCGAAAAAGGCCAAGUUCAAUGAGACGCAGAAGAUCAAGUCCGUUAUUUCGAAGUCGGUCAACAAGAGCGUGGAGAGCGAACUGCGCUCCCGCGCCCACGAGGGCUACAUCCAGUUGAGCAAGGCCCAGGAGGCGGUGGCCAAGCACCACGCCUCCCAGGCGAAGGCGGCUGCGGCGGCCAGUACCGCCAAGUCCGCGGAAUAGCUUACUCUAGGCAUAAGUACUCUGUUGAUAACCAAAUGACCUGCAUAUUGUAUAGUAAAACAUUUCUAAAACUAUUUCCUUUGUUAUAGCAUCGAUUGGAACCCAAAGGAAACGAAUUCUCCUCUUAAGAUUGCCAAAAGGAUUAACAAAUCCGCCUAAUAUCAGAGCAUAUGAGCUUUAAAGCGUUGUUAGUAUCUGCAAUCUCUCAACAGUCUACUAAAUUAAGAAAGUUACUUAAAUUUUGUAGUUCUCGCUGAGUUUUAGGAUUGCAUUUCUAUUGAUGGUCAGGUGAACCUAAUAUUUGAUACUAAAUUCAUUCAUUAGAAGCUAUACUAAAUGAACAAAUUCAUUUUCAAUGUUAGUAUGAACUAUUUUAUGUUAUAAAAAGUUAAAUGUUGCCAAAUGCAGAGUACAUUGUCUUACAAUCUUGAAUAUUUUAUUCAGUAUGUUUCACAAUGAAUGCAAAUUACUAAGAACGAUAACAUUUUCUUUUAAAUGCCGUGCAAAUUAUACGAAUUUUUGAAGUUUUCAUUAAGUUUUCUUGUCGUGAGCUUUGACUUUUUCCCAACGCUGUCUCAAGGACUUGUUGACCAAGUAGUACAAUGCUUACUUUGACGUUUGGCCAAUUUAUGAGCGGACCUUUGGUGGCCGCUGCUGGAAGAACUUUUGCAUUCAGCUUCCUACUUAUCACAAUCAGUUUGUUUAAUUAUAAAAAUAGUUGGCCAACAAAGUUGGUUCCGCUGACAUUUAUUGGACGAUUCGCUGUGGCUCCGUUCGCCCAGAAUUCGGGGGAAUUCCAAAAUUCCGUAAUUCCGCUCCUUUAACGACAGCUAUUCAUGACAAACUUUUUAGUCAUUGGCAGGCAGCUUUGACGAAGUGAAAAGGAAAAAGUGCCACUAACAAUUUCUAUUUAAUUUUCGCAACGUUUCGUUUCGUUUGCUAUGCAAAUUCUGUCCGCUUUUGAUGCGCUUUUAAUUAGCCAGCAUCCCGCACUCACAUGCAGCCGGAAAAAUUCACAGCCGAUUGCGUGUUUUUGUUUUGUUUCCCCUUGUUGCAGCCCACCCCCUUUUAUCACUCACCCCCUUUUAUCAAGCACUUUGAUUCCGCGCCAUUUCAAUCGCAUGCAAAUUAGCCACUCCCAACCGGCCCACCGCCCACUAAACUGAGGAACAGGUGACAGGAUCCCCAGGUGCUCGUUAGUCGUUUUUUUUUUGGGCGUUUUGCGUUUUUAGUUUAGCACCAGAUUGAAAGUGCUCCCAGCAUGCAAAUGCAUUUCUGCACUCAACCAGCAAUUUGGCGGUAUGCCCCUUUUCGGAUAUGCUGUUUUAGCGCCGGAAAGAAUCCGUUGAUAUCAGGCAUUCGGAACUUUUUGACACCUAUUCAAGCACACUCGCCACUUUUUCAGGGCGUUUUGAAUAUGUCAUGAAGGAUGAACUACUCUUCAACUAUCUUGAAAGGAGGCAGAAG